AUGCGUUGGCUCUUAUCUCCAUUCAUUCUAUGGUGGCACUCACACUUAGCCAGUUCCACCCGACACAUCUCUCCAUUCGAACUAACUGUCAACUCAGGAGCCAUCCGUGGAGAGCGAUUAUUAAUAGAUGGCCAAGAUUAUACAGUAUUCAAAGGAAUACCCUUCGCCAUGCCACCUGUCGGUUAUCUCAGGUUUCAGAUGCCGAAAGAACCAGCGAAAUGGCGAGGGGUUAUGAAUGCAACGCAAUACAGCGCAAUGUGUAUGCAGAAUAUAGACGAAGGCGACGCAGGAGAGCCAGAACGAUACGUGGCACAUGUUUCCGAGGAUUGCUUAUACUUGAAUGUCUUCUCACCAACUCCGAUUGUUUUCGUCACAUUCAAUUAUCGAUUAGGACCAUUAGGAUUUGCUUCAACGGGUGAUAGCGUUUUACCAGGAAAUAUAGGAUUAUGGGAUCAAAUUUGGGCGUUGAAAUGGGUCAAGGCCAACGCAGAAGUUUUUGGAGGAGACCCUUCAAAUAUUUUGCUGAUGGGUCAUGGUACCGGGGCAGCAUCUGCAUCACUGCUAGCUCUAUCACCUCGAGCAGAAGGACUCUUCCAAAAAGUUCUUCUCAUGUCGGGAUCUGCUCUCCAACCAGGAGUUGUCAGGAAUACGCAAGUCAAUGCUACCUGGAAUAUGAAUCACCGAUUUGGUUGCAGAGCGUUCAACUCAUCCGAACUACUUGAUUGUGCGAGGAAGCGAUCAAAAGAAGAAAUUUUCCAGUACAAACGUCUUCACUAUGACGACUAUGAAGAGUUUGUACCCAUCAUUGAUGGAGUCGGUGGCAUUUUACCGGAACCACCUGAACAGUUGACUCUCCAUCGAAGAAAAACCCCCAUCGUCAUUGGUACAACAAAAGACGAAAGCUCACUGAGGAUAUUACUUCUCAACGAGAAAGAGUUGAAUUUCACUUCGAUUUCUUGGGAACACGGAGAGAAAUUGGCUGAAAAUCUGACGAUGGGUUACAAACAGUUUCAAAACCAUCGAUUGAUAUCACAAGGCUGCAAGUCAGAAUAUGUCUGGACACAAGUUGAUCCCUCAUUUCCUGAAUCAGUUUUAUUCAAUUCAUUACUCAAAAUGUAUUCACACUUCUGGUAUGACGCUCCUGCAUCUCAACUAGCCACUUACUACCUCAAACACGAUUUACCGGUUUACCUAUAUUCUUUCGAUCACAUUAGUGAAAAUUUUUAUGAUAUUGAUAGAGCUUUUCAUGGCGUUGAUAAACUUCACAUCUUCAACGUCACUCCUAGGUUUUUAAAUAAAAGAAAAGAUAUGAAUUGGCAACUGGAUCAAAGAGUUGUCGAGAUAUUUUCAGAGUUGGUUGCCAACUUUGCUCUUUAUGGCACGCCUACUCACGAGAAUGAUGGCUUCAGUUUCAAUUGGACGUCAACUACAGCCAAAGAAUUGAGCUAUCUCUCUAUUACCGAUAGUCCCAGUAUGCAGGUUGGAUAUCGGUGGCAGGGUCACGUCUUCUGGAACUGGUACGCCAGAUCACUAGAUGCUGUUGAUGUUGGCAAUAUUCAGAGGAUAGCCCAACUGGAUAGAGAUUUUGCUACAGCGAUGCUCUCCUUCUGCUCACUUUUCUUCUUUGCAAUUCUUGUCGGUUUAGCGUGUUACUGUACACGAAAAGAGUCCGAUGAGGAUGAACUCUAA